CCACCGGUAUUGUUUCAUCUACCUUUAUUUCAGUUCGCGUUAGGUGUUCGUCAGGUUCGUUACGGUACGACAUUCCGCGGCGCGUGUCUCGCUAGUUCCUUCACCUGUUUAUUGAUUUAACUGAGAUAUGUGAGAGGUUACUACAUCAAGGAAUAAAUAUUUACGGUGUAUGUAUGUGGUGUAGUGUACUUUUGAAGCAAUCGAUUUUUCCCAUGUGCAUUGUGUGGUUUAGAAUUUAAAUACAUAUCCGUUGGCGAAUACAUAGAUAUAGCUAAUUAGCAACAUCGCAAUGCGAUGAGGAAAAUUGUGUAUCAGUGAAGGGCAUAUUAUUGGCUGGGUCAUAAGUGCAUAAAUUUGUGAAUAAGGUGAAGUUCUGGGGAUAAUUUAUUUUGUAAAGAAAGAAAGAAACAAAUCAUCAGAUAAUCAUGAGUCAACUUGGAACAGUUUAUGCCACAAAGCGGAGGCGUCGCAAUGGAAAAAGCUUAAAAGCACCACCAAAAGAAGGCAUGACCAAAAGUAACCCUUCCAAACGGCAUCGUGAACGCCUCAACGCCGAGUUAGAUCUGCUAGCAUCACUGCUUCCGUUCGAGCAAAAUAUUUUAAGUAAACUAGAUCGACUGAGUAUUUUACGGCUGUCCGUUAGUUAUUUAAGAACCAAAAGCUAUUUCCAAGUCGUUAUGCAUAAAUCUAAGGAAGAAAAUGGCAUAGGUAAUUCAGUACAUCCUCAUGAUUCGUAUCGAACGAGAGAGAUUGGAAGCUUCGAAACUGGUCCGCUGGAUGGAGAGAUGUUUCUACAGGCUCUAAACGGUUUCAUAAUAAUCCUGACCUGCGAAGGAGAGGUGUUUUUUGCAACUCAUACUAUCGAAAGUUAUUUAGGUUUUCAUCAGUCUGACAUUGUUCAUCAGUCAGUGUACGAGCUAGUUCAUUCCGAAGAUCGCGAGGAGCUUCAGCGACAGUUGUUAUGGAACACAUUUCUACCGGCUGACCUGUCCGGACUGCAACUGACCGACGCUCUAGUACCUGAGAAAUCCACGCUACUGGAACGAAGUUUCACUGUGAGGUUCAGGUGUCUACUAGAUAAUACGUCCGGCUUUUUGAGGCUAGAUAUCCGAGGGCGAGUGAAAAUAUUGCAUGGCCAAAAUCGCAAGGUAGAAGAGCCACCCUUAGCUCUGUUCGCCUUUUGCACACCAUUUGGACCACCUAGUCUACUAGAAAUUCCACAAAAGGAAAAUAUGUUUAAAUCAAAACAUAAACUUGAUUUUACGUUAGUUUCAAUGGAUCAAAAAGGAAAAAUGACAUUAGGAUACUCAGAUUCCGAACUCGCUAACAUGGGCGGAUAUGAUCUAGUGCAUUUUGAUGAUUUGGCCUAUGUGGCAAGUGCACAUCAAGAAUUGCUUAAGACUGGCGCAUCAGGAAUGAUUGCAUAUCGAUACCAAAAAAAGAAUGGAGAAUGGCAGUGGCUGCAAACAAGUUCCAGAUUAGUUUAUAAGAAUUCCAAGCCCGACUUCAUCAUAUGUACUCACAGACAGCUAAUGGAAGAAGAAGGCAGAGAUCUCCUCGGAAAGCGGACGAUGGAUUUUAAAGUAAGCUAUUUAGAUACUGGAUUAACGUCAACAUACUUUACUGACGCAGAUCAACUGAUCGUGACACCUAGUGGAUCUCCUACGGCGGCUACGACAUCACCAGUUUCUUCUACGCAACGAUACAAUCGCCGCUAUAAAACUCAACUCCGAGACUUCUUGUCUACAUGCCGAUCCAAACGGAAGCUGCAACAAUCUCCUGGGGGACAGGUCGCCUCUCCGGUGCAGAUGGUUGAGUACGUGAAUGAUCCUGCCGUGGCCGUAGCAGCAGCCUAUUCGAAUCUGAAUCCCAUGUACACCACAUCGCCAUACGUUUCGACGGAGAGCAUGUACAUGACACCACCGGCACACUCAUCGAACUUCUAUUCAGUGUCUGACAACAUAUUCCAUCAAUACCGGCUGCAAGGCGUCGGUGGAUAUUUCCCAGAGUAUGCAUCAACACCAGCUCCCUAUAUAACAAACAAUGGAUUUGUUCCUUAUGAAGGUUAUGGCAUAGCAAAAGACGAGCGAUGGCACGACGCUGAUAAAUGCAUGCCUGAAAACGAUACUAUCAAUCGUGAAAUGGACAAUGAUUACGAAAGUCCUGACAUCCACAAGAAAACCAAGCAAUCUCCUUCCCUCGAAGAUGUAUCAUCUUCAGGGAAACCACUUCAAUCGUCGGUUAACCUAACUAACACGUUGAUCCCAAACUCUGGUCAAGAUAGGCAGAAUUCCUCAAAUAAUGUGAUCAACAGUAAUGUUAUCAAGAAUCCUAACACAACCAAAAGUCGCGAAACGAAUGACAUGCCACACUCCGACAUGAAAGAAGAGGCAUUGUCACCGCAGCAUUUCGAACCACGACGGCAAACCGUUCUUAUGUGGGGUACGUCACAAGCAUCCAAAAACAAAUACAAUUGUUCAACCUACAACAACGAUCACAGUUGUUCCAAUAACACUACUCCAACUACCACUAGUUGUACCACGAAUUGUUCGUCUUCACAAUCUCCUGCUUCCAAUGAUCGAAUUGUUGUUAAUUCAAAUGAAGAAAACAAUUUAAAUCUCGAACGGAAUGAAACAGGAAAGGAUCUUGGCAAAAACGACGACGUACUAGUCCCAACAGCGAGAAUCCCCAGUCAUGAGCAAAUCGGUGUUUGUCCAAAUGAUGAGAAGCUCAUCAACAGUCCUCUGUUAUCGCUAUCCGAUGUAACAAAUACAUUAUUGGAACAAUAACUGUUCUAUGUGUUAUUUUAAUUAUUUUGAUGACA